AUGCCUCCACUUACUGUGAAGUAUGGUCGAUUUGGCUUCGUGUGGGAUGCGGCAGUGCUGGAAUAUGUUGCUAAUAAUGACGAGGACUGCUCCUUCUACGCUGUUAGUAGCAAUGCACCGGACCGUGGAUAUGGAAUCGCCAUGCAGCACGGCAGCCCCUACAGGGACAUUUUCUCCCAGAGAGUCUUGGAGCUCCAGCAGAACGGUGACAUGGAUAUACUGAAACUCAAGUGGUGGCCCAGGGACAGCCCCUGUGAUCUCUACAGUUCAAUCCAGACACGACAACAGGGGAACGCUCUGGACAUCCACAGCUUUGCGGGGGUGUUCUGCGUCCUGGCAGCCGGCGUGGUGCUCUCCUGCCUCAUUGCCAUGGUGGAAAGCUGGUGGUCACGGAGGAAGGGAUCCAGGGUCCCCUCCAAGGAGGACGAUAAGGAGAUCGACCUGGAGCACCUACACCGCCGGGUUAACAGCUUGUGCACCGAUGAUGAAAGCCCCCACAAGCAAUUCUCCACCUCUUCCAUCGAUUUAACGCCCCUUGAUAUGGAUGCCCUGCCUGCGGCACGCCAGGCACUCGAGCAGAUCAGCGACUUCCGCAACACCCACAUCACCACCACCACCUUCAUCCCCGAGCAGAUCCAGACCCUGAGCCGCACCCUCUCUGCCAAAGCCGCUGCUGGAUUUUCAACUGGUUUCGGCAGCGGUGGCGGCGUCCUCCAGGACCACCGGACUGGUGGGGUGGGCCCUUUUAGGCAGAGAGCCCCCAACGGUGGCUUCUUCCGCAGCCCUAUUAAAACAAUGUCCUCCAUCCCCUACCAGUCCACAGGUCCAGGACCCAACUUUGGAUAUGGCAAUGACCCCGACAGGGGCACAUCCAUAUGAGGAGUUUCUAAGGAUAUGGUUGGCUCAGGAGGAAUAGGAGCAGAAGGAGGCGAGGUGGUUAGGGUCGGUCAUGGGAUGGUAGAACAAAUGCUUUAUGGCUAAGCUAAAAAAAUCUGCUAGAGAGGUGUACAUAGGAAUCUUUAUGUUUUUAGUUUCUGCUUGGGUGUUUCCAGGGGUGUCCAAUUUUUAUGUCGAGAAGACAAAAGAGGUGGAGGUCUAUUUGGGCGUUCCUUAUCCUCCUGCAAACAUUCUGGUAAGGUGCAUAAAGGGAAGGGGGUGGGAAGGGUUGACUUUGCUUUGUUGUUGUUGUUCUUGUGAUUGUUUGGGGGAUUAUUUUUAGGGACAUGUGUGAAAGGGGAUCUUUUUCUAUUGCUUCUGUUUUACAUUAUGAGGACUGCCUCAUGUAAUGGAGAUCUGCUGAAAUUACCUGACUAUUAUGAUCUAAAUCCCCCUUGGAGGGUUUAGUUUACACUACUCCUACCACAGGAAACAUGUAUAUUCCUGUGAGCUCCAGGGCUGCCAUUGGUGGAUGACUGGUGAUGUUGUUAGCCAUUAAACAAUUCUAAGGGGCUCACACUACUAAGCAAUUAUUGAGUUGUUAUUUUAUGAAGGCGUUUAUAACUAUAAUUUUGUCGGUAGCCCUGGGAAUACAUACAGCAGCCCCUUGCAGUUUUGAAAAGGCCUGAUCUCAGUGAAUAUCGGAAGACUCCACUUUUCAACUUUUACUCUGCCUUUUCACUUUGUGGGAGUCCAUACUAAGUUUUCUCUUCUCUUGCUUCACCGAUACUUGGGGUACUAAAUGCGUCCAAGGUGGUGUCAAUACGGUGGCCAGACUAAACUGAGACGUUACAGUUGAACUCACGCUGACCCCAUCACGGAGCAUCCAUCUGAAUACUGCUUAAACGCCAUGACAGUGCAACAAUAUGACACUGAAUCACCAGUUUGGUGCGUCGGUCUUUAACUAUUUCUGCCAUUUUGGUGCAUCUGUCUGAAACUGUUUUCAACACUUUGAUGCACAUUGAAGACUCUUUGUCAGCCCCACUGCACUGUACCAGUGCCCACAGACCUGUAAGUGAUUGUAUGUAGAUCUGACCUUUUCUUUCUCACCUGUACUGUGCUCUCUGCUUUCAAAGUCAAGGUGAGAUCCUCUUAUCAAACUCUCAGAGGGAUAAUAAAAAGGGAUGAUACAAGAAGAACUUAAAGAAGAAAAAACAUAAAAGACAAGCCGAAAGACUUCCAAAAGCGUAUGCUUAUUAUAUGUCUUUUAUUGAGUUUUGUUUUUGAAAAAAAUAGAUUUAAUGCGUGGAAUGUGUUUUGGUCAGGAAGUACAAAAAAAUAACAUUGUUCUGAGCUGUCUACUUGUUUUUUUUCUCUCAGCAAACUUUGAAAAACUGCUAAAUGAGUGCUGUAGUCUCUGGUUUUGCAUUAUAAGUCAUUCCAACUUUUACUUUUUCUUUUUCUUUGUUUUGCUUAAGUUAAGUGCUGCCAUAGCCUGGGUGUUUAAAAGAUAAAAGCUCAUUAUGUGAGGUUGUGUCAUGUUGGAGAUCAUUAAUCACUUUUUAUCAGGUUCAUGUGAUGAAAGGGACUAUCAUUUGUGUUUUGGAGAAGCCAUUGCAGCAGCAUCUUCAGUACAGGCCUUACACGUAUGUCAACUAUAGCUAGCUUUAUCCUCCCGGCUUCCAGUUAAAAUAUCACUAAAAACUGGAAACAUUUUAGUGCAGCAAUUCAGUCGUUGCGCUAAGGGUCAUAGGAAUGUCACAAAGAAUCAACGCCCAUCAGAACCCAGUGUCUGCCUUUUGUGAGAUAAGUCAGAAAUAUACUUAAUUUCAUAUCUGUAAUGUUAAGGGUACUGUUUAUAUAACUUGUUUUUUUUAAGUGCCAAUUAAUUCAAACCAGACCAUUAAGGUGCAUUUUGUGGCGGGGGAAGAGGAAAGGGACAUUGAGAUCAUUAAAGGAAUAUUUUGUGGAUUAGGGGGUGGGGUGGUAAAAUGGAACCAAAUCUUUUUCACUAACACUGUAUUAAUAAAUGAUAAUGUUAGUUGUUUAGAACCAGUUUUCAGUUUGUUAUCUUUAAGAACUAAAACUGCAAAAUGUUGUGCGUAGAGAACUCAGUCGAGCCACAGUGUUUUGAAGCAAGCAUUCUUAGGCAUUAUUUUUCUUAGGCUACAGUAUGGCUAUUGAAUGACAAAUAGGACACAGACAUUUCAAAUGUUUUAUUUAGUAUAAAUGAAAGAGACAUUAUAAAAAUGUAUAUUUUACACGUUGAUGCUAUUUUUGUUUAACAAAAAGAAAAGAGUAUAUCAUAAUGAGCUAUAGUAUAGAGUUAAGCAGUCCCAUUUGGUUUCUACCUGUUCUGCCCAUGUCAACACAAACGAUUUGCUUUUAUCAUGUCAUUCUGAGUUCAUUUUUUAUUUGCUGGCUAAAUAACAAAAAGUGGCAAGUUGAUU